AACCAAGGCUUUGAAAUGUCGCAUCGAUCUUGAUGGCCGGUGCUCUCGGCGUUUCACUGCCGAUUCUGGCAAAGAAAAUCCCGACGUUUCGACCAUAAAACAACAUCUUCUUCCUGAUCAAAGCGUUCGCGGCCGGGGUGAUCCUGGCCACCGCUUUCUUGCACAUAGUCCCCGACGGAUACGAGUCUUUGUCCAGCUCUUGCCUCAGCGAAAAGCCUUGGGGGGUUUUCCCAUUCGCCGGGUUUCUUGCCAUGGUUUCGGCCAUAGCCACCAUGAUGAUCGAGACGUUGGCGACGAGUUUCUUCAAGAGUUCCCAUUUUAACAAGGCUUUGCCCGUGAACGGCGAUGAGGAGAUGAUGGGGGACCAUCAGGGACAUGUUCAUGUACAUGCCACUCAUGGACAUUCUCAUGGUUCUGCUGUGGUGCCACAGGAUUCUGAAUCUUCCCAUCAUCUUAUUAGGCAACGUAUUAUUUCACAGGUGUUGGAGGUGGGGAUUGCGGUUCAUUCGGUAAUAAUUAGGAUGGCAUUGGGAUGCUCCCAAAGUGCAAAAACAAUCAAGCCACUUGUAGCAGCAUUGACUUUCCAUCAAUUCUUUGAAGGCAUGGGCCUUGGUGGCUGCAUCUCUCAGGCAAAGUUCAAGAGCCGAGCCAUUGCAAUGAUGGUAGUGCUGUUCUCCCUGACAACCCCGACGGGCAUAGCCAUAGGCAUGGGUGUAUCAAAAGUAUACAAUGAGAACAGCCCCAAAGCACUAGUGGUGGAAGGAAUCUUCAACUCCCUUUCGGCUGGAAUCUUGAUUUACAUGUCUCUUGUUGACCUCCUUGGGGUAGAUUUCAUGAACCCCAUAACGCAAGGCAAUAUUAAAUUGCUGCUCGGAUCUAAUCUUCCACUCCUCCUCGGGGCAGCUUCUAUGCCAUUCUUGGCUAAAUGGUAUUGAGA